UCACACAGAGCAGCCCCUGACCCGGGCGAAUGCGGGUUUGUGCUGCCGUCGCCGCCGCCGUCGUCCGGGCCGAGUGACAAAGGAAGGAAGGAAGGAAGCAAGGAGGAGCCGGCCCCACAGCCGCUGACAGGGCUCCGGGCUGGGGGCAAAGCGCGGACACUUCCUGAGCAGGCACCGAGCACAGGCGAGGGGCGGGAGGGCGACCGCGCUGGUGCCGUGGACGGGGGAGGGGGCCCUGAGGGACGGAAGCGGUUGCUGGGUUCCCAUGUCCCCGGCGUAUGGGGAGCAGUCAAGGAGCCGCUGCUUGGGAUCUGAAGGGAGCUGCCUCUGCCACCGCCAUGGCCGCUGGAUCCAGCCGCCGCCUGCAGCUGCUCCUGGCGCAAUGAGGAGAGGAGCCGCCGCCACCGCCCGCCUCUGACUGACUCGCGACUCCGCCGCCCUCCAGUUUGCCGAGCCCCCGCCGUCAGCCCGCCGGAUCCCGCCGCUGCCGGAGCCGCAGCGUUUCCCGUCGCAUCUCCGAGCCACCCCCCUCCCUCCCUCCUUCCCAUCCCCCUUCUUUUCAAGCGUGAGACUCGUGAUCCUUCCGCCGCUUCCCUUCUUCAUUGACUCGGAAAAAAAAUCCCCGAGGAAAAUACAAUAUUCAAAGUACUUAUUUUCAAUCAAGUAUUUGCCCCUGUUUCGCGUGAUAUAUAUAUAUAUAUAUAUAUUUUUAGGAUUUCUCCCCCUCCCUUUUCUCCCCUCCAAGGAAAGGGAGGGGAAAGAAUUGUAUUUUUUCCCAGCCCCAAAUCAUCUAUAUGUUAAAUAUCCAUACUGAUCUGUCUUGAAGGAGAAAUACAUCGCUCGUUUUUUUAUAGCUAUACAAAAGGAGUGAAAAGCCAAAAGGACGAAGUCUUUUUCUUUUUCUUGUGGGAGAACUUAAUGCUGCAUUUAUCACUAACCUAACACCCCAACAUAAAACAAAAGGAAGAAAAGAGGGAAGGAAAAGAAGGUGAUUCAAAAAAAGAGCAAUCAUGUCAGGCCGGCCCAGAACCACCUCGUUUGCAGAGAGCUGCAAGCCAGUGCAGCAGCCUUCAGCUUUUGGCAGCAUGAAAGUUAGCAGUGCAUUGGAUAAAAAGAACAAGACACGGUUUCCUGCCACUAAGUUUGCAGGAGACAAGGAUGGCAGUAAGGUGACCACAGUGGUGGCAACUCCUGGUCAGGGUCCAGACAGGCCACAAGAAGUCAGCUAUACAGACACUAAAGUGAUUGGAAAUGGGUCAUUUGGAGUGGUAUAUCAAGCCAAACUUUGUGAUUCAGGAGAACUGGUUGCCAUCAAGAAAGUACUGCAGGACAAGAGAUUUAAGAACCGAGAGCUCCAAAUCAUGAGAAAGCUAGAUCACUGUAACAUAGUCCGAUUGCGUUAUUUCUUCUACUCAAGUGGUGAGAAGAAAGAUGAGGUCUAUCUUAAUCUGGUGCUGGAUUAUGUUCCGGAAACAGUAUACAGAGUUGCCAGACACUAUAGUCGAGCCAAACAGACGCUCCCUGUGAUCUAUGUCAAGUUAUAUAUGUAUCAGCUGUUCCGAAGUUUAGCCUAUAUUCAUUCCUUUGGAAUCUGCCAUCGGGAUAUUAAACCACAGAACCUCUUGUUGGACCCUGAUACAGCUGUCUUAAAACUCUGUGACUUUGGAAGUGCAAAGCAGCUGGUCCGAGGAGAACCCAAUGUUUCGUAUAUCUGUUCUCGGUACUAUAGGGCCCCAGAGUUGAUCUUUGGAGCCACUGAUUAUACCUCUAGUAUAGACGUAUGGUCUGCAGGCUGUGUGCUGGCUGAGCUGUUGUUAGGACAACCAAUAUUUCCAGGGGACAGUGGUGUGGAUCAGUUGGUGGAAAUAAUCAAGGUCCUGGGGACACCAACAAGGGAGCAAAUUAGAGAAAUGAACCCAAACUACACAGAAUUCAAAUUCCCUCAAAUUAAGGCACAUCCUUGGACUAAGGAUUCGUCAGGAACAGGACAUUUCACCUCAGGAGUGCGGGUCUUCCGACCCCGAACUCCACCAGAGGCAAUUGCACUGUGUAGCCGUCUGCUGGAGUAUACACCAACUGCCCGAUUGACGCCACUGGAGGCUUGUGCACAUUCAUUUUUUGAUGAAUUACGGGACCCAAAUGUCAAACUACCAAAUGGGCGAGACACACCUGCACUCUUCAACUUCACCACUCAAGUUUGCAGUAGAAACAACCAUGCAGCAAAAUUCAAACUUUCAAGUAAUCCACCUCUAGCUACCAUCCUUAUUCCUCCUCAUGCUCGGAUUCAAGCAGCUGCUUCAACCCCUACAAAUGCCACAGCAGCCUCAGGUUGAAAACCCUUCUAACAGAAAAGGGAAUCAUGAUAGGAGUUGGACAAGAUGCUAAUGCUGGAGACCGUGGGCAGACCAAUAACGCCGCUUCUGCAUCAGCUUCCAACUCCACCUGAACAGUCCCGAGCAGCCAGCUGCACAGGAAAAUCCACCAGUUACUUGAGUGUCACUCAGCAACACUGGUCACGUUUGGAAAGAAAAUUAAAAAGAGAAAAAAACCUGUUCAUUUUAGUGUUCAAUUUUUUUUAUUAUUGUUGUUCUUAUUUAACCUUGUAAAAUAUCUAUAAAUACAAACCAAUUUCAUUGUAUUCUCACUUUGAGGACGACCCGGGGUGGGAGGGGUUGUGGGGAGGGGAAAGCGGAGCACUAACACAAAAUCUCUCUCCCACGACAAUCUUUUUAUCGAAAGUCUGCUGUUGUAUUCUUAAAAAACAGGACUCCUGCCUCAUGCUCCUUCCACAAAAGAAGAAAACUUUGUUCUGUGCUAAAGUUUCUGUGAACUUUGUUUUCUUUUAAAGUCAAGUGUAAGACCUUGGUAUAGUGCACAGCUUGAAAUUGGUUGGGAGCUUAGCAGGUGUAACUCCAUGGGGACUUCAGUGUCACUUGUAAAACUAAUCCAUAGCCUCGGGUGUUUGAAGACUUGCCUUUGGCAUGUUGGUGGCAGGUGUGGCAGACAAAAGGAAAUGUGUAUCGUUUGUAACCCAGGGAUGUCAAUAAAGUUUGAAACUCUAAAGGGAAGAUUUUUAAUCGGUUAAGGUUUUGCUUUGCUCUUAAUCAGUGCUAGUGGUGGAGACACUUUGAUAGGAGGCUGUCAGAGGAGGAGCAGAGGCGCUCCAUGGUGGGUCUUUGUUUGACCAAAGGUUCUCUGCAGAUCUUAGUACAGUUUUAAACAAGUGACCUAGAAGAAGACUGAAAAGGGCCACUCUGGCUGCAGAGGUCAAAAGCUGAUGAGCCUGGAGAAAGGCGACAGGCCAGGGGCAGAUCUCACCACUGUGAAUGAAUUAGUCCAGAUUUUUUCCUAAAGUUGCUUCCCUCGGAAAGAUACACUUGAGAGGACAUUAUAGUUAAAUAAUGUGAACUGUAACAGUCUACUGGUUUAUUUUCAUAUUUUUUUAAUUGCAGAUCGAGCUUGCAGAAAUUGCCACAUUCUGCACAUAGUUCUAAUUUUAAAUCCAAAUCUAGAAUCUGUAUUUAAUUUCAGCUUUUUUUAACCUCAUGCUUUUUAAAUUUUAUUUAUUGAUGCAUGUCAGAUAGGCCAUUAUGAUUUUAGAUGGUAGUAGGAAUAUUAAAACUACACAUCAAAAUGAUAUAAACAGUCACUUGUACCUGCUGACUUUAUAGGAAAGUUGAUUAUAUAAAUGUCUGUAUAUAUGUUAUAUAUACAUAGAUUCAGUACUGCAUUUUGUUUCUGUUUUCCUUUUCGUUUUCGUUUUUGUUUUGUCCAGUAUCAAAAUUGGUUGGCGCGUGAGAAGGAUGUUGCCCCCCCAUACCCACUUAAGAGUUUUUGUUCCUGUUUUCUUUGUGUAUCAGUGAACAGUGUAAGAAUCAGUCUCUGUUUUUGAAGAAAAAGCAAUAUUCCUUGGAAAGCAAGGAGGACUGAAGGAUUAUGUUUGCAGUGAGGAAAUAGAUUUUCACAAAUAGUUUGUUUUAUACUUUUAAGGUUGACAUCUUUGUGGGCCUUAUAUACUCUAAAACGAACCUUAGUCACCUUGGUGCUUAUGGGCCAUUACUUGACCUAUGAAUCUUUAAGGCACAAUCAGUUGUACUUUACAUUUAAAGAUCACUUGAGUGAUGGCCCCCUUUCCUUCUUACCCGCACCUUCCCCACACCUUCCAAGGUUAGCUGAAAACGGGGGGGCUGCAGAGCUGAGCCCUAGAGUGUGUGUAACUUCCCUCCGCCCUCCGCGUUGCCAUCUUAGGUCAUGUUAGGGGUCUCGCCCUCCAGGUGAAUUGAAAGUGGAGUCACUUGGCAGCCCUCAUGCAGGUCCCAGCUCCCUGUGCUGCCGCUUACCCAAGGUGUGUGGCUCUCAAGAGAGCCCCACUGCCUGCUGAAGUGACCAAUGCCCAGGAAGGCGGCUGGGAGCCAUCUUAGUUUUCACUCACUGUUUAGCUAAGCUCUUAGGCCAUGAAAGGGGGUUUCUCAAACCUCUGGUUAUAUCAGAGUUCAUGAGAAAGGAAACACACUCAGCCAAGCCAAAUCAAACAAAUUGAAUUUCACUUUUCAUAAUGAGCUUCUGAGAGCUGAUUAAGAUUUGAAAGAGGUCUGAAUCAAAGUAUUUGGCAGCAUAGUUGCUACAGGGAAUGGCUUUGAUAGACCAUUUUCAGAAAGGAUUUAUAAAGAAGCUAACAGGUCUGUGACAGAAAUGGACCUGCUUUCAGACCAAACUGCCCAGCCAAACAUCUGGACACAGACACUACUCCGGACUUGGUAUCCUUGCUGGAGUCCAUAAAAAUCUGCUUGUUUUACAAAACACUUUCCUCCCCAAUCAGUGGGGUAUCAGAAGAAGAGAGAAAAGGCAGCUGCUUUUCUCUCGUUAUAUUGUGUGUGUGAGAGGGCUGAGGCGCGUGAUUUUUCUUUCUCAAGGAUCAUGGCGGGAUCACAGAACUCUUUUAUACAAGUGAGAUCCGGGUCUCUGAAUAUCUUUUGUAAAUAAUAAUAAUAAUAAUAAUAAUAAUAAAAAGCUCCUCACCAAAUUCAAGCUUGUACAUUAUAUUUUCUUUCAAUGUUUUUAAAUUUAAGUUUUAUUGUUUUGUAUGUAAAUAUGUGGACCCAGGAACUGUUAUUAAUGAGCAAAAAGUUACUGUUCAGGGCAGUGAUUCUGUUUAAUAAUCAGACAAAAUGUAGACGAGCUUUUUAAAGCCAUAUAGUUUUAACUCUGUACAGUAGGUACCGGCCUGUAUUAUUGUAACAAUAACUCUAGCAAUGUAUAGUGUAUCUAUAUAGUUUGGAGUGCCUUCGCUUCCAUGUGUUCAUUUUUUUGUUUGUUUUUCAUUUUUAGAAUUUUAAUUGGUUUCUCUAUCCAUGUCUCCCUGUUCCACCCUUUUCUCUUUGAGAUAAUAGCUCACUUAUAACACAGUGUCUGUGCCUCUCCAUAGUGAAUUUCAGUAAUACCAUGCUCAGGAGUGGAAAGAAGAAACCAUGUUCAUAAUCUCGUUUCAUUCAAGCCCUGCCUUUGCUUUGGUUCUGAACAUCUGUUUCCUCCUCAGUAGCAGUGACCGGUUUCGUUUCAUAUGUAGGCCAUCCAGGGACUUAGCGUGGUGCCAGGGAGCCCGAGAGCUGGAGGAUACCAACAAGUUAGCUUUGGCUCGUCUCUUCCCCAAACCCUAACCAUGAGUCUUACCAACAGCAGAUUCCAUGCGUGCUUUCUCUCCUCAUCGCCUUUCCUCACACAUGAGAGAGAAAGAAACAGAAUUCGUUUUGAUAAAUAAGUUUCUUAUUAGUACCAGGUUGUGAUCAUCAGGGACCUAACAAUGCUGUAGUGUGAUCCCUGGCAGCGACUGCGUGUAGUGCUGCCGAACUAACAGAGCUGCUGUUCCAACGAGGGAGCUCCUGCCCAUUCCCAGCCUCCUGCCACCUCUACCCAUGUUCAAGGAAAUAACAUUUUCAUUUCUUUUUCAAAAAUCAGUUUAAUUCUCACCAUGUGCCCAUCAUGAAGGCCUUUUUUGAAAGAAAAAAAAAAUCAUUCGUUUUGCCUCCAACUACUCCAUAUAAGAUGUCUUUGAGUAGAAGAAAAACUUUACCAAACCAAAGGUUGCUAUUUUUGAAACAUCAUGUGUUCAUUCCAGCAAGGCGGAAGACUGCACCUUCUUUCCAGUGACGUGUCAUUUUUUUUUAAGUCCUCUUAAUUUUUAGAUACAUAUUUUUGGUUUGUGUUUUAACAAAGCCUGCCUAACCAGUCAUCAUGUCUGCACCAAUGCAAAGGUUUCUGAGAGGACUAUUGUAUUCUCUAUCCCUGUGGAUAUAAAGACACUGGCAUUUCACUUAUUUUUUUCCCCUUCCUAUUUAAGGGAUUUAACUUUGGAGUCUUCCAAAGGAAGUUUGGCCAAUGCCAGAUCCCCAGGAGUCUGGGGGGUUUUCUUUGUUUUAAAACCAAAAUUGUAUCUGUUGUUCAUGUUAGAGAUCAUCUAAUCACAGAGCCGAACACUUUCUCCCCUAUAUAGAAGAAUAAACUAAGCAUGCUUUACAAUAACAUCUGUCUUUUCUGGUAGAAACCUGAGCCACUGAAAAUAAAGAGAGACAACUAGAAGCAGAAUAGAGUCCCAGACAGGUCUACGUUUGAGAGGCUUUGAAAGUAAUCCCUGGGGUUUGGAUUAUUUUCACAAGGCUGAUGACGUUUUCAAGGUUGUUGCUCCAUUUUGCACCUCUGCAAUAAAAGCAAAAUGACAACCAGUACAUAAGGGGUUAGCUUGACAAAGUAGACUUCCUUGUGUUCUUUUUUUGAAGUUUUUUUUUCUUCUUACUAUAUCUGUCUACAGGCAGAUACAGAUAGAUGUAUGAAAAUGUGCUUGCCUGUAAAAUUUGCAUUUAUAAAUGUGUUGCCGAUGGAUCACUUGGGCCUGUACACAUACCAAUUAGUGUGACCACUUCCAUCUUAAAAACAAAUUAAAAUUUUAUUAUAUAUAUAUAUAUAUAUAUAUAAAGGACUGUGGGUUGUAAACAAACUAUUGCAAACACUUGUGCAAAUCUGUCUUGAUAUAAAGGAAAAGCAAAACCUGUAUAACAUUAUUACUACUUGAAUGCCUCUGUGACUGAUUUUUUUUUCAUUUUAAAUAUAAACUUUUUUGUGAAAAGUAUGCUCAAUGGUUUUUUUCCCUUUCCCCAUUCCCUUGUAAAUACAUUUCGUUCUAUGUGACUUGGUUUGGAAAUAGUUAACUGGUACUGUAAUUUGCAUUAAAUAAAAAGUAGGUUAGCCUGGAAAUGAAAUAAAAAUUCACAAGUGUGUGGUCUUUAUUUCAGUACCCAACCCUCUUUUUCUUCACCCUACCUACUUUGUCACUGCAAUAUGUAGUCACAUCACCAUCACCGUUCCUCCAAUUAGAGAAACAUGGAUCUUUGUUAUAAAAAUCAAAAUAUGAACAUUAGUUCUCGUUCUUUCAAAUGAUCUUUUCCCAUUGUGUAGCCCCAAGAGGUGCAGCUUCCAUCUUGGAAACCUUUGGAUUUGAUGUAGAGGAAGCUUUGCAGACACUGCUUUGAAAAGAAAGAAAGCAUCCUGGAAGGGACAAGUUUUUUUAAAAGUGUAUAAGCUGCUGUCUUUGAUUACUGUGUUCAUGGUUUGGUGUAGCUGUAUUUUCUUUUAAUUUUCAACCCGUUAGUAAUGGUCUUUGGGAGUAUCUGUAAAAUAUAUGAACACCACAAACAGUGGGGCUGUACCUCCCAGGUAACCGACACAUGUUGUGUUUGAGUCUGCUCAUUUCCAAUACUGGAUGAUGUAUGUAAACAUGUAAUGUCUCUUAGUGCAAAAAGAAACAUUUUUUAGGGCUGACUCACUGUCAGGCCUAAUCUAAAGGCUAGAUAUAAAGUCAUGUGACUGCUGCUUCAAUAAAAACAAAUUUAUAUUGGAUAACA